CAGCCAGCUGAUGAUCACCCACUGUCUGGGACGGUGUCUUUUUGUAGCCGGUGAUGUUCUGCAGGCACUUCUAGACGGUACAUGGCUCAUUUGUGGACAUCAUACUACUCAGCUUGUUUGAAUAGCUCUUUUUUGCAGCUCUGAUUUCUUUGUUGAGUGUGUUCCUUGCAUGAUUGUACAGAGCCUGACCUCCUCCUAUACGCUGCUUCUUUAGACUGGCGCAACUGUUUCAGUCUGGCAUUAAACCAGGGCUUGUCAUUGUUAUAUUUAAUGCGAGUCCUGGUGGGAACACAGGUGUCUUCACAAAAACUGAUGUAGGAUGUCACAGUAUCCAUCUAUUCAUCCAGGCUGCCUGUAGCGUCCUCAAACACACUCCAAUCUGUUAAUCCCAUGCAGUCCUGAAGCCUUUCUUUAGCCUUGUUGGUCCACUACUUCACAGAGCUGACUACAGGUUUGGCACAUUUGAGCUUCUGUCUAUAGGUUGGAAGGAGGUGGAUUAGCGACUGAUCGGAGAGGCCCAGAGCAACACGGGGAACAGAGCGAUAUGCUCCCUUUAACACAGUGUAGCAGUGAUCUAAAAUAUUACUCUCCCUGGUGGGGUAGGUAACAUGCUGUCUGUAUUUAGGCAGUUCGCUGUUGAGUUGCACUCUGUUGAAGUCCCCUAAAAUAAUAAAAACAGAGUCUGUGUGUUUGAGCUCUGCACUGGUGAUCUGGUCUGCAAGAGCGCGCAGCGCCCCGUGCACGCACGCCUGGGGUGGAAUAUAGAUUCCUGCAAGUACAACAGACGUAAACUCCCUCGGACUGUAAAAUGGUUUGCAGUUUAUAAAAAGUGUUUCCAGGUUAGGGCUGCACGUUUUCGUUAACACUGACAUCUGUACACCAGCCUUGGUAGAUGUAAAAGCAGAUUCCGCCACCUUUCUUCUUGCCUGAUAGCUCUGUGGAGUGGUCCGCUCUGUGGAGCUGGAGUGCGCUGUCCAGGGUCAACUUAGUAAAGCACAGCACAGCACAGAGAGAAAAGACCUUGUUGGUUCUGUUUAGAAGUUAAAGUUUGUCCACUUUAUUCUGCAAGGAGCGAAGAUUUGCCAUGUGAAUGCUGGGGAGCGGUGUGCGAAGUCCGCGCUGUUGGAGUUUAACCAGCGCUCCGCCGCACUUCCCGCGUCUGCGUGUCCGCCUGUGCCUGCUGUAGAGGGCAGCCGCUCCGCUCACCAAAAUGUACAAAAAGCAGUCAGAAAGUGAAAAGUCAGGAAAAAUACCUUGUGGCAUGGACUGCCUGAUGUUCAGCAGAUCUUCUGCACUGUAUAUGAGUGAGACUGGUUCACAUAUAACAGUACAAACAAACAAAAACAAACAAAACACAACAGAGCUCCCAACCAGUGUCGCCGUCUGCGGCGCCAUCUUGACUCUUAGUUCCUACUCAUAUCUAUCUUGAACUAAUUCGCUAUUCUGUUAUCAUUUACAUGAGAAAAGUGGGGAAAUGUUAUGGAAAUUGUAUUAAUUCAAUGCAUUUGCUUUAUUGCAGAGUGUAAGACUAUGUACGGGCAAAAGGUAACGGACAAAACACCCUGUCCUCUCACUGAUAGCUGCGUAGAUACAAAAACAGAAUGUAUCCUAAUAUAGCGAUUGACCUCGGUUAUCUAUCUUACACCUCCCUAAUACUUCUGCUUUUAAUAAGAUAUUCUAAUCAGGGCAUCUCUAGUCAUGCACGUACAGCAUGAUCAGAAGAUGCUGCAUGUACUUACAACCUUAUAAGGCUAUAUUAUAAGAAAUCUGCUGAAGACUGGUAACAGCAGCUGUCAAACCUCCCCUUAUUUGGUACCCAGCCAACACCCAGUUUGGGGUAUAAAACCCCUAUGUAAGGGAGACCGCUUUAGAAUGCGCUCUCAUCUCUUUGCUCUCAUCUCCUCGCUUUCAUCUUUUCACUCUCUGGUCUAUAUCACUUUCAUUUCCUAAAUAAAUGACUCUUGCUUAUUUAGAAUUUGUGAUUUGUUCUGUUGUCAGGAUUUUCAUGACAAGACCUUGGGGAUUUCCAUGAUAGGACAUUCAUUUAUUUUUUAAGAUCCCAGCACAGCAUCUUAAUGGGGUUCAGGUCUGAACUUUGACUUGACCAUUCCAACCUUAAUUUUUUCCUCUUUAGCCAUUCAGACAUUGAUUUGCUGGUGUGCGUUGGAUCAUUGUCCUGUUGCAUGACCCAGUUUCGGCCCAGCAUAAGCUGCUGGACAGCUGGCCUCACAUUUGUCUCAAGAAUAUUCUGGUGUAAAAUUUAUUGUUGUCUCAAAGACGGAAAGUUUUCCUGAUCCUGUGUCUGUAAAAAGCCCACUCCUGGAAAGAUGGGCAACUUUGCUUUACUGAUUUACUUUUGGGAAAUAUUACAUACUAAUAUCUUUUGCAUCUUUUGUUGUCAGUUGCCUUCCUCCCAAUGACAGCUGGAAUAGGCUCAAGCACGCCUGUGACUGUAGUAUCUGAGCUCCAUGUGUUAUCUGACUUUGUAGGUUUGGAAUGUUUAAGUUUAGGGGGCCCCUGGUCCACAGGUCCAAGAGUCAAGGUUCCCUUCCUCUUUUAGUUCCAGAAGAAUGAGACUAUUUUAAGAAGGACCAUAUGUUCUGCUCCCUUUGUCGAAAACAACCAGCCUAUUUAAGCAGCAGGCUAUACUACUCGGAAGGGGACACAUUAGAAUUGGCAUGGAUCCUCUCUCAGGUACUUUAUGGUGCUUGAUAUGAUACUGUUUUACUUUAUAAUAAACAUCUUAUACAAGUGAGACGGUGUCAGCGUAGACUUCUUCAUCAUCUUCACAUCAUUGCUAUUUAAUAAACAACAAGAUUUUGGCGUCACAAACUUCGGACGUGUUGUGGCUUGCUGCGUCACCGACAGUCUUCGUGUGCUUGCUCCCGUACCAGGCCAGCAAGUAAGGUUUUUCACAUCGUUGUGCGCUGGUUAGUUUGUUGGGGCUGUUGGGUGUUGCUGUCUAGUCGCACCGUAAAGAAUCAUGUGUGUGUGCGUGCCAUGCUGUGUUGAUGUUUGGAGUAUUUCUCUGUUCUAAAUUUGCUUUUAUUGCGGUGUAAACGCUGCAAUAAGGGGGGAGUAUAAUAGGGAAAAGGACAGUUGAUGUAAAAGUGUAGAAUAGCCUAAUUAGUAAUUCAAUUGUAAGUUCCCACUCGAACACUAGUUGACAAACAGUGUCUGAAGCAGCUUUUUAUGGAAUAUUCACACCUUAUAAAGGUAGCAUAAAUUUAGAAGAUAAAGAGGAAAAGGAGCAGCAGGAAAAAGCAUGCUAUAGGAUUCAUAAGUAUGAAUAAGUCGACUUUGAACAUUUCGGAUUGAGUAUUGUUUGUGUCUUUGGUGGUCUCUGACCUUGCUGUGUGUUCCUGUGUGAGGGGGAUUGCCCUCCCCCUUACUGUGUGUGUGUGCGAAGCUGGUCUGUGUGUGUUUGUGUGUGUGUGUGUGUGUGUGUGUGUGUGUGUGUGUCGUUUGUCUUGGCUGUGUUCCAGCUGAGUGAAUGGCUUUAAGAAUGUGUAAUGAUAAUAUGUAAAAAGCAUAUGAGCCUCUCUGAGAGGACGUUUUUUUGAUUUUGUUCAAACUUAUGAGCUUUCUUUGGGGGACAUUUUUGGAUCUGAUAAGAUUUAUAAACCUCAGAAAAGAGGAUUUUAUGAAUUUACAUAAUAUUUAUGAGCCUUUAUGAGGCUCAUAAAUAUUAAGUGUUGGCAGAUAACAUGCGUGAAUCAUAUUGAAUUGCUUAUUGUGUUGUUAAAAAUACCUAGUGGGUUCAUUUGAUAUUUAAUUCUGAUCUGUUUCUUCCUUUAUCCACUUAUGGUGUGUGAGAAUUGGAGGGGAAAAAGAGAAGAGGGAGUAUCUGGUCAGUGCUGACACGGAUCUGCUGACGACCACAUGCCCAUCUGACUCCAAUCUGAUUAAGUUUCAAAUAGAUGAGAUCAUUUAAAAAAGGACCAUAUGUUCUGUCUCCUGUUUCAACAACAAGUCCAGUAUAUAAGCAGCUGGAAUAUUCUGUUCGAGGGGGGACAUUUAGAAUUGGCACGGAUCCUCUCUCAGGUACUUUAUAGUGCUUGAUAUGACGCUGUUUUACUUUGUAAUAAACAUCUUACUGGUAACAUAGUGUCAGCGGAGUUUUCCUUCACCUCAUCUUCACACCAUCGCUACUUAAUAAACAACAAGAAUUUGGCGUCACGAACUUCGGACGUGUUGUGGCUGGCUGUGUCGCCGACAGCCUUAGCGCACUAACUCCCGCUCCAGCCCGGCUAUUCAGGUGAGCGAAGAGAAUAAGAGAAGUUAAAGAAAAUAGAGUAGAGACGAGAAGAGUUAAAGAGAAUAGAAAGGAUAAGAGUUAAAGGGAAAUAAGAAAAGGGAAGAGAAUAGAGAUGAUAUGAGUUAAAAGAGAAAAGGAGCCGCAGAUUUGGACCAAAGCCCUCUGGGAGGCGGUUUUAGACGGGCCUAAAAUCCUGGAAAAUCACUGGGUGAAUUUCGGGUCAGUUCUAAGGAACUGGAGGUGUAGAAAAAGAGGUGAAGAAAAAGGGAAAAAAGGAUCAGCAGGAAAAAGCAUGCUAUAGGAUAAAUUUUGUUUUUUGUCUUCUGUGUCUUUGAGCGUGCUGUGUGCUUCUGUGUGAGGGGGAUUGCCCCCCCCCCACUAUGCGUGUGCAGAGCUGGCUUCUCCAUAUGCGUGUGUGCGUAUGUGUGUGCGUAUGUGUAUGUGUGUAUGCGUGUGUGUGUGCGUUGCUUGUCUUGGCUGUGCUCCAGCUGUGUGACUGGCUUUAGGAAUGUAUAAAUGAUAAUGUGUAAAAGUAUAUGAACCUCUAUGAGAGGGCAUUUCUUUGAUAUCGUUAAUAUCAUGAGCUUUCCUGGGGGACAUUUUUAGAUUUAAGAUUUAAGAUAAAGUUAAGAUUUAGGAGCCUCAUAAAGAAUAAGAUGACUUUUAUAAAUUAAUUUAAAACAGUCAUGAGCCCCCAAGAAGGACAUUUAUAAUUUUGGAGAUGAGUGGAGAGACCAGUGAGGAUGUUUAUGUGUAUGGGUAAAGAAAAUUGAAUGAGUAUGUAAGGUGUUAUUAGAGUGAAAUAAACUGAAAUGUCUUUAUUGAUGAUAACUUGGUGUUUAAAGGAGGAAAACAUUUGUUAUAGAUAAAAAUGACCUAAAGUGUUGGCAGAUAAUGUGUGUAAUCAUAUUGGAUUGCUUUUGUGUGGUCCAUAAUACCUAGUGGUAGUAGUUCAUUUGAUACUUAAUUCUGAUUUGUUUUUUCCUUUAUCCACCUCUGGUGUGUGAAGAUUGGAGGGGAGAGAGAGAAAGAGAAGAGGGGGAAGGCCAGCUCCAGUGCUGACACAGAUUGAGGCCUUCUGAUGACCGCAUACCCAUCUGACUCCAAUCUGAUUAAGUUCCAAAUAGAUGAGAUCAUUUAAAAAAGGACCAUAUGUUCUGUCUCCUGUUUCAACAACAAGUCCAAUAUAUAAGCAGCUGGAAUAUUCUGUUCGAGGGGGGACAUUUAGAAUUGGCACGGAUCCUCUCUCAGGUAAUUUAUGGUGCUUGAUAUGAUGCUGUUUUACUUUGUAAUAAACAUCUUACUGGUAACAUAGUGUCAGCGGAGUUUUCCUUCACCUCAUCUUCACACCAUCGCUACUUAAUAAACAACAAAGGCCAGUGUGUUUUAUCCACAAAACUCUUUUUGACAAAUACCUGCAUUCUAAAUAUAUGUAUGUAUACUUAUUUAUAGUUAUUAUUGUUGAUACAUAUGUAAUCUGCUUUCACUUAUAGGCUAUUAUAAGAUUAUUUCUCAAUUUGGGGUUAAUAGAGUAUAUCCAUUUGCUUAUAUGAUACUAUAUGUUGUAGUCUUUCAAAAGAGAGGUUUGGCAACAGACUGACCGAACAAUGCAUUUAAUUAAUUAAUGGAAUAUGCUUAUGUUGUUUGAACCCUGUUAAGAAUAGCAAGUGUGAGUUUUAUUGUUUGUGCAUGGUUUAUUCUGAUUUGAGCUGUGCUGGGGAUUCAAUAUUGAGACUAUUUGAUGAGUUGAGGUGCAUGGGUGAGAACAUUGGGUGAUAAAUAGGUAUUGUUUUGUUGCAAAUAGGAACACAUUUGGUGUUAGUUGGUCCCUUGUGGGAAUGCGUGGUUUCUUUGAGUUUAAUAAGGAUUGGAUUUCUUUUAUUUGCAGGAUAUUUGGAGAAGAUUUUACUUACAAUAAGGUAGAUUAUUUGUGUGCUUAGUCAGUAUUAUAGGUGGGCUUAGUGUUGUGAAUUGCUAUUACAUUAAUACGUUUCUGAUUUCUUUGAAGUUGGCAAAUUUCUUUCAUUUUUACUGAUGUGGUAAAUUAGUGGUUUUAAAAAAAAGGGAGAAAAAAUCUAAAUAGUUUAAAGUACUUUUAAUCUUAGUAAUUAUUUUUAAUUUACAAUAAGGGAACAUAAGGGAGCCAUUAUAAAGUUGAAAAAGGACAUUAAAAUGUCGAAAGUAAUUACUCCUGUUGAUGUAGUACAGAAGAAUAAUCCUUUAGUUAAAGGCAUCGCAAAGAUAUCGGAGAAAUGGCAUAAGCAUUGGUCUGAAAUUGAACAACCCUGGCCAGUGGAGGGGACCCUUAACCCAGAUGUAAUUAAAACAAUGCAGGUGCUUGUGUCCACGUAUAAGGCAGAUCAAAAAAAAGGGUAAAAAGGGGGAAAAACGUAAAGAAAAGAGACAAGUAGAGCUUGGUAUUCUCCAGUUGUUUGAUAACGAGGGACAGAAACUGAUAAAAGCUGCAAAAGAUAAAAGAGAUAAAGGUGCAGAAGAAAUAGGAGAAAAUGCAAAAGAAAUAGAAAAAUUAGUGGCAGAAAUUAAUGUACCUUUCUCACAUACGGAUCCAGUAAAGAGACCCCCACCUUAUGAGAAGGAGGUGAAGUUUAAGGAAAUUUAUCCCCAGCUCCCAGUGAUUAGUCAAGAAGGUGAAUAUCGCAUUAGAGAUGAGGAUGAUCAGAUAAUAGAAGCGGGUCAAGCAGAAACAACUAUAAAGAUGUAUCCAAGUUCCAAAAGUAAGAAAAAAAUGGCACGUUUGGAAACUAAGGGUGAACUGAGGAUCAGGAGGAUGAAAUCUGGAGAUGAUGGUGAUCAAAGUGACCUAGAAGGGAUCAUGGGUGGAUAUGACCCUGCAGUCAGGCGAAUAUUGGAGAGAGCAGAAUAGAGGGGAGAUAAAACAUGGAGGAAAGAGGACUCAGGAGAUGAUAGUUCUAACGAGAACGAGAAUGGAGACAGCGAUGGAGAUUCGGAAAGUGAGGAUCCUUUGUCUUCGAAAGGGUUUUUUUCCUGUGGCAUCCAGUACCAGAAUAGAAGAGGAUAAAAAGAGAGCUUUAAGAGAGGUUGAAAGAAGUAUAGAUCAAUGUCUUUCAUACUUGGAUCAAUCCAUUUAAACCAGAAAGCCAAAAAGCACUGGAGAAUCAAUUAAAGGAGCUGCAAAUACAGAAGAAAGAGUUGCGGAAAGGAGGCUCCCAAAAAUUGGAUAUGAUAUAUGCAUUAUGCACAAGAAAAGGGAAGACACACAAGAAAAUGUGUCCAGUGGUCAUUCGAGGACAGAGCUUGGAGUACAAGCCUUGGCAAAACACAGAUAUGUCAGAUAUACCUGAGAAGUUACCUACUCUUCAGGAUGGAGCACAUCCUUGGAUUUCAAAGUUGGAAGAGAUUAUGGUGGGAACGCAGCCCGCAAAAGGAGAUAUUAAGAGACUUUUGGCUAACCUCCUUGGGGUUCCGGCUAUGGAAGAGAUUCUACAGAAAGCUGGACUUAAUCGAUAUGUGGGGACUGCUGUGAAUGAUCCAGAGCUGUUUUCUGCAAAUAGAGGUCAAGUGUGGAGAGCGCUGAGAGAUACAUUUCCGACAAAUGUACAUCCUGAUAAUAUUCUUAUUGAGCCACUAGGACAGGAAGAAAACCCGAGGGCCUAUGUGUCAAGAGCCCAUCAAGUGUGGAGGAAUGUUACAGGAAAUGACCCGGAUUUGAAUCAAAUGGAACAGUCAAAUGCACUAUCUGCUUGAAAAAUAAUGUUCAAAGGGGUGUGAUGGUUCCUCCUGCUCACAUUCCAACUCAGAGGGGUCCUAUGCGUGAGUUAGUAGUGGACUUUGUUGACAUGAUAAAACCAGUUGAAGGUAAGAGAUAAAUGUUAGUUGUUGUGGAUAGAUUUUCGCGAUGGCUGGAAGCUUGUCCGACCAAGCUGAAGGACGCUCAGUCAGUUGCCAAGUUUCUGUGUAAAGAGGUCAUAAGCAGGUGGGGACUUCCAGAUCGGAUAUCCUCAGAUAAUGGGAAAGAGUUUGUGGAUAAGACGAUGAAAUUGAUUUUGCAAAAACUGGGAAUUAAACAGACUCAUGAUUUGGUUACGGGAAGACGAAUGCCAACGCCUUGUCUGCGUACAAGUGGAAAGGGUCCAAGCUUAGCCCUUUUGGAAGAUGAACUGUGAGUGUACAUUACAUAUAUGCCUAAUUUGCAUAAAAGAAUAUAUAUGUACGUUUCUGACAGGCAAAGAAAGGAAGAAGUGCAGGAGAGGCUCGAUGAACAAAAGAGGAGCACAGUGCAACCUGGAGAUAAGGUGUUCGUGAAGGUGUUUAGAAGGAAGUGGUAUAAUGAACGCUGUGAAGGACCAUUUGAAGUUGUUCGCAGUACUGGAACUGCGGUCCAGGUUAAAGGGUCUCCAACGUGGUAUCAUUUAUCGCAUUGUGUCAAAGCGCCAAGGGAAGAGGCGCCACGCUUACAAAGUCGAGAUGUUGAAGGCUCAAGUGAGCCAGAAGGAAAUGUGGAAGAACAUGCAGAAGAAGAAGAGAUGCAUACAGAUCUCCAGAGCCAAAAUCCAGAAGAAGAGAUUGUUCAUGUUGUGGACAACGUUGAUGAUUCUGUGCACCUUUCUGAUAAUGCCAGAAAUGACUCUGCAGUUAAUGGACAGGAAAGAAGAUUUGGUGACAUUGAUUUUCAACAUGUCCCAGAAACAGCAGAGCCUAUUCCAGUGGAGUGCGAAGCGCCAAAGGUUUCAAAGGGCUGUGAUUCCACUGCAGAAGAAUUUAGAGAUUCAGUUACACAAAGGAGUCCAAGACCAGUUUGGAAAAGGGUCAGACCAAAAUGGUACAAGGACUAGGGUUGAAGAGACCUUAGGGAAUUCUACUCUUUUAGCAUUGAAGGUUAUUGAAGGUAUAAAUGUAUCGCAUUUAACUACGUUGGCGUCUCAGAUGAUUUCGACGACGUCAACUCAUUUGAAGACGGUCAUCAGAGCUAACUUAGAAAGAGCGGUUAAUCUCCCUGUCAAUGUGGAAGAUUUAAUGUUGGUGGUAAUAAAAAAUAGUCGUGGUGAAGAUGUGUUGUUAACAGGACCUGAAGUUGACACUGUGCCUCGUGAUCAAAGGAAGUAUCUUUUGUUUAAUGACUGGAGGUGGUUGAAAGUUAGGGAUGACUGUUCACUUGUUGUGCAUAAUGUUACAUGGGAAGACCAAGGGGAAUACACAUGCACUUAUUUUGAGCCAGAGUUUAAAUUUGUUCCAUUUCAAAAUGUGUGGAGAGAGGGUUAUAUAACUCGUAAGGUAGUAGUUAUGAUAGAAGAUUUCAGUUCUACUGGAGUUUUUAUGGUUACUAAAAGGGUUCAGGAACAAUUCACCACAGCAACCACUCCAAGGGUGAAUAUUGCAUUGAUGAAGUUUACUACUUUAGCUCCGGAAACAACUAGGAGCGUUAAUACAUCAAUUCAGAUUAUUACUUUAGGUACAACUUUGAAGGGGGUGAAUGCUACUACAGGGAUGGUGACAAUUUCUACUUUAGCUACUUCUGGAAAUAUCACGAAUGAGGAAAGGCCAAGGGCAACGUUUGCCAAUAAAACAUUGACAUCUUUGUCACCUACGAAAUUUGUAAAUGUGAAACAGAUACCUGAUAUAACAUCUUUGAACUUUAAAGAAGUAGAAAAUAUAACCCAGAAACCUAUGUUAAAGAUGGAGCUUAGUGUGAAUAGUAGCAAUGAGAUUUUUGAACCUAGAGAACAGAUGGUGGAAGAUGAGUUUUUUGACUUUGACCUUACACCAGAAGACAUGACUGACCAUUAUCAUGUAUUACAGAAGAGAGAAACUAAUUGGAAGGCAUAUGGAUUUGAUUCCUCGGUGUUACAAAUCGCAGACCCAUGGGCAGGUAGGAACUUAUGGUUCCAGCAGUUAACUCAUUCUGUAAGAUCGGUUAGAAAACUGAAUUGUCCAUGUAUGGUGAAAGUUCAAGCACCAGGUACAUGGCCUUCAAUUUUAGAGACGGUACCAGAACCAUUAAGUCCUGAAUGUCAAUCUUAUGCAUUAUCGUGGCUGUUAUAUCAGCAGCAAUCAGCAGAAGAUAAGGUAAUGGCUCUGUCAGUGCAUCUGUUUAGGCCUAGAUAUAAUUGUUCUUGGUUGAGGGAGUUCCCAUAUGUGAAUUUACUUGAUCAGCAUCAAAAUAUGAUAACAGCGAUCCCUGAUCCGUUGGAAGUGAAAUCUGUGGGGGCUAAAGAUUGUUUUUGUUCAGAUGAUACUCAUAAUGGGCCUGGAAAGUUUAUGGGACUAUCAGACUGUAACAACUAUAUUAUGGACUUGGGUGAGCGUAAAUAUAAGGCUAUGGAUGACUUGUAUAAAGUGACUUUUCAGGUACCACAUCACAAACUGAGUAGAGUUUUGAUGGUGUGGAACCAAAAGUUGCCUGGAAAUGUGACCAUAGGGAAUUUUAAGGAUAUUUGGUGGGUUUGUGGUGAUAAGGCAUAUAUAUUUCUACCAUAUGGGUGAUAGGAUGCUGAUAUAUAGGGACCUUGAAGCUUCCAUAUGAGGUUUUUACUGUCCAGAAGGCGAAAGUAUCUGAUGAGGUUCAAUCUGAUGCUAUUUCUGGAAGUAGGAAGAAAAGGGAACUGGCACAAUUUCAUAAUCUGGAGUCUUAUCAUUGGAGGAUAAGUCUAGGAGAGAAGUGGGGUAUAGGAUUGUUUCCAUGGUAUGGGGUGACAUUUUUGGCAGAUCACAUUGAUAAUAUUACUUAUACCAUACAGGGUUUUGUGAAUGAGACUAUAAGAGGUUUUGAAUAUUUGUCAAAUACUCAAAAGAGUCAUAGAUUGAUGUUGCUGAAACAUGACAUGACUCUUGAUUAUCUUUUGGCCAAACAAGGUGGCCUAUGUGUGGCUUUGAACUUAACUGGGGAUGCCUGUUAUACUUUGAUUCCUGAUAGUUCUGACAAUAUGACUAGUGUCAUAGAUGCAUUGAAGCAUAUAAGGGAUGCGUUUGGCCCAUCGGAAGGAGCUGGAUGGUCUGCGAAUACUUGGUUGCAGGAGAAAUUAGGACCGUUGGGAGCAGUGUUGGUUCAGGUUAUGGUAGCAGUUCUCAUAUCAUUGAGUGUGAUGUUCUGUUUCUGUACGUUGUUGUUAACCUUUGCGAAGGCUAUGAUAUUGAGAUGGGUUGGAGUUGUGAUGCCUGGAGAUCAAGUUCAGAUGCCAUUACUACAUAGGACUGACACAGACGAUGAUGAGGAAGUGGUGAUAGAAGGCGAACUGAUGGAGAAAUAUCCAUUCUGAAUAUCUACUCUUAUUAUAGUCUUGACAUUUAUUUCUGUUACUAUUUUGGUAUUUAGUGGUCUCUUACUAUAGAGUGGGAUGAUUGCAAGGGGAAAUAGAAAAAUGUGACUUAUAACUUGGAAUAAUGUGAAAGUAUGAUACUGUGAAUUUCACAUUUACUUAUAAGGUGUUAAUCUAUAUUAGAUUUUUCAUUUUGCAUCUGUUGUUUUUGCAAAAGAUACUGGUUGGUGGUUUUCUUUUCUUUCCUUCAAGAACAAGGUUGGGGGAAGACCACUGUAAGGGUGGUUGAACCUUUAGGGACCCCGAUGUACAUGGACAAUAAGAAUGGACUGGAGGACUUUGAAUAAGGACACUGUGAUGCAAUGCCCAGAGUCAACACAUCAUCGACACUACACUGAGAGUCGACACUGCUGAGGAGCUGCAGUGUAAUACAUUUUUAUGUCUUCUCAUAUAUAUUUGCAUAGUAUUGGAUUUUGUUCUAUUAUAUUGUAAUGUGUGAUAUUGAUAGAGGACAUUUAUGAGGUAGUGAUAAUCUUAGUAAGACAUAAAAGUUGGAUUGAGAGUUUGAGUUGUUUACUGCAUGAGUAGUAUUUAAAUUUAUAACACGUUCUUUGUUUAAAUUGCUUGAAUACUGAUGUUUUCUGUUAUUGGGUAAGUAUAUGGGACCUUAGAUGUUUCUUUUCUUUUUUUGGUAUUAGGGAUAUUGGUGUUAGGCAGGGAAAGGUCCAUUGGAAGGUCCGAUGGGUUGACCAACCUGAAGGUGGACAUUGUUUUGAUUUUAUUUUCUGAGGUUUCCAUAUGUAUUUGCUUAAGUCAUAUCCCUACAUGACUUGUUAAAAUUCCUCCUUUUUAAAUUAGUCUGGAGUACUCUAUGUGGUCGCCUAAGGCACCUGUCUUGAUUGUUUGAUGGACAUUUCAGGAAAGAUAGCUGCCGGACAGGUUUUUUCGCUCUCACACUCCAUAAAGUUGUUGUAUUGCUAAGGUUAUGCUGUAGGAAGCAUGUGUAGUAGGACCUGUUAUUUUGUUACAACUAUAAACAUGUAUGUGUUACUUUUUUGUUUUUCGAGACUCUGCGUAGUCUCGAAGGGGGGAAAUAUGUAGUAUCCAAGCUCCAUGUGUUAUCUGACUUUGUAGGUUUGAAAUGUUUAAGUUUAGGGGGCCCCUGGUCCACAGGUCCAAGAGUCAAGGUUCCCUUCCUCUUUUAGUUCCAGAAGAAUGAGACUAUUUUAAGAAAGACCAUAUGUUCUGCUCCCUUUGUCAAAAACAACCAGCCUAUUUAAGCAGCAGGCUAUACUGCUCGGAAGGGGACACAUUAGAAUUGGCAUGGAUCCUCUCUCAGGUACUUUAUGGUGCUUGAUAUGAUACUGUUUUACUUUAUAAUAAACAUCUUAUACAAGUGA